AUGAUUGAUAAUGAAUACAACUUUCUAAAUAGAAAUAAUAAUAAUAAUAAUAAUAAUUAUAAUAAUAAUAAUAAUAAUAAUAAUAAUAAUAAUAAUAAUAAUAAUAAUAAUAAUAAUAAUAAUAAUAAUACCAAUAAAAUAAUUUUCCUUUUUCAAUAUAAAAAUAGAAAAUUAAGAUUUUGCCCAAUUAUUUCCAAAGAUGAAAUAAAUAAUUUUUUUUUGAAUAUAUUUAAUGAAAUUGAAGAAACGGUACUUGAUUUUAAUAGUAAAGGGGGUACCACCAAAGAAUUUAUUAAAUUUUUUAAAGAUUUAAUUACUUAUUUUACAAAUAAUAAUAAUAAUAAUAAUCAAUACCUUAAUGUUUAUAAUAAUACAUUCAUUAAUUGCUUAAUUUAUAGAAUUAAACAUUAUUUAAGACAGAAUGUUUAUUCUUUAGAAUUUUUAAUUAGUCAAAAAUCAACAUUAUUAAAUGACCAAAUUAAACAAUUGAAUCAUAGUUUUUUAAUUAAUUCAAUUUUAGCCCAAUUAUUUAAAAUAUCAGUUUAUGAUAAUACUACUUUUAUUUUAGAUGAUGAUAAUUCAAAUAUAUUAGAUUCAAUAAUUGAUUCAUUUUUAUCAAUUAUCUUAAUAUCAAUUUCAAAAUUAGAUUCACUUAAAAGAGGAGGUACAAUUAAUAAUAAUAAUGUUAGUUAUAAAAGUAGAAAUAGUAGAAAUAAAAAUAAAUAUGAUAAUGAUGAUGAUUAUGAAGAAGUAGAAGAAGAAGAAGAAGAAGAAGAUAACGAAGAUGAUGAAUAUAAUCUUCAAAAAUUUAUAUUCAACUUUUUAAAAUUAUUUAAAAAAGAUAAUCAAGAUAAUUUAGCACCAAUAACAUCAACAUUUUGGGAUUACUUUAAUUUAUAUAUAAAUAAUAAAAAUAGGAAUAAAAAGUUUGAAUUAUACAAUCAAUCAAUAAUACAUUACUUGAAUAUUACUUUAGAGAUAACUAAAGCUUUAUUAAAAUUUCAAAAAAAUAAAGAUCAUCAAAACAAUAAUAAUAAUAAUUAUUUAAUAUCACCAAUUUCUAAACUUUUAAAUUAUCAAUUUGAAAAUAAAUUUGAAAAUUGGAGUUUAAUUUCAAAAUUAGUUUUAAAUUUCAUUAAAAAAAAUACUCAAAUAUUAAUAAAUCUCACCACCGCCACUACUACUACAACUACAACUACUACAAAUAAUAAUAAUAAUAGUAAUAAUAGUAAUAAAAAUUAUAAUAAUAAUUUGGAAUCAAUAAUAAAUCAAUUUUCAAAAAUAAUGGUAAUUUUAUUUAGGUAUAUAGAGAUAACAUCACCAUUAAUUAGUUUAGAUACACUAUUCGAAGAGAUUUAUAAAUUUAUAGUUUUGUUAUCAUUUUUACAAGAAUCAGCAUCAAAUCCUUCUAUUAAUGAUACUGCACCAUCUUAUAAUAAAAUUAUAGAAUUAUUUAAACCAGAUUAUUCAUCACCAUCAUCUUUAUCUUCCUCUUCUUUUUCAGAUCUCUAUUUAAAAUCAAAUAUUGAACCAGCAUCAUUAGAUUUAAUUAAUACGAGUUUAUUUUUAUGUUUAAUAAAUUACUAUAAAAGAAAAUUAAAUUCUCCUUCUCCUUCUACCACACCACCAAAAUCAAAUAACAAUAAUAACAAUAAUAACAAUAACAAUAAUAUAAUUCAGAAAUUGAUAAAUAUAUAUAAUAAUGAAUCACCAAGUAUAGUAUCAACAUUAUUAAAUAAUAAUAAUAAUAAUAAUAAUAAUAAUAAUAAUAAUAAUAAUAAUAAUAAUAAUAAUAAUAAUAAUAAUAAUAGUCAAAUAACACCAAUCGUAUAUAGAAUUAUAACAUUUAAAAGAGCAUUUAACAGUUUUUCAUUUGAACAAAUUAAAAAUCCAUAUGAAGAAUUAUAUCAACAAUUUAAAAAGAGUAAAUUGAAUUCAUCUUCUGUUCAAGUCAUUAAAGAAUUGGAUACACCAAUUUCAACAUUUAAAUGUUGGUUUUCAAAUUUAAUUUCAAUUGCAGUUUUAUGUAUUGAUAGUAUUGGUAUUAAUAAUAAUAAUAAUAAUAAUAAUAAUAAUAAUAAUAAUAAUAAUAAUAAUAAUAAUAAUAAUAAUAAUAAUAAUUCAAUAGUAACAACAACAACAACUACAACAACAACAACAACAACUACAUGUGAUCAAUUAAAAAGAAUUAUAAAAUCAAUGACAUUAUUAAUUGAUUUUUCAAGAUCAGAAACUAUACUUUUACAAGCUGGUUAUUUAAUAUUAAAUGGUAUUUUCAGUGUAAUGAAUUUAAUGAUUCAAUAUCUAUUUUCUUUUGAAGAUAUUUUAAUUUCAUUAAUUAAAGAUAUUACAACAAUCAUUGUAACAAAUAUUUUUGAUAAAAUGUAUCCAAAUCAAAAUUUGAAAUCAUUAUUUUCAAAUAUUAAUAAUAAUAAUAAUAAUAAUAAUAAAAAUAAUUUUAAUAGAGAAUUAUGGUCAAAAUUUAUUUUACAUCAAUAUAUUAGGUUUAUAAAAAAAGAUUCAAAAUAUUUUAAUAAUUUCUCAUUCAAUUUAGAAAGACAUUUUAAAUCAUUUGAAAAAUCAGUUCAAGAGAAAUAUAUCGAAUAUAUUCAUUUAUUAGUAUCAACUUUUGUAAAUAAUCCAAUUAAUAAUUUAUCAUUAUUAAAUAAUCAAAAUAAUAAUAAUAAUCAAAAUAAUAAUAGAUAUAAGAUAGUAUCAAAUAAUCAAUCAUUUUUUAAUCCAAUAACAGUUCAACUUUAUUCAAUUUAUACAAAACAAUCAAUUAAUUUUAUAAAGAGUAUUGGUGAUUGUUUAAUUGGGAAAUUUAAAUUAACAACUUUACCACCAACAACAACAACAACGACAACAACUACAAUUGAUAUUAAUCAAUACUUUUUAAAUAUUAAUAUACCACCAACAUUUAAAAAUAAUAAUAAUUUUCAAAUUUCAAAUGAUUAUAAUAUAUUUUUAAUAUCAAUUUAUUGUUUUACAAAGAUAUUAAAAGAUGAAGAAUUUAAUGAACAUUUUUUAAAGAGAUAUCAAAAUCAAUUUAUAAAUAUAUUUAUGUUGGUACUAAUUGAUCCAAUUUUAUUAUUUGAAAUUGAAUUACAUCAAAAGUAUAUCGAUCAAUUCCUUUUACUAUCAAUACCGACUUCAACUUGUUUAGUAUUUAAAAAUCAUUACCUUUUCAAGGAUAAUCAAUUCAUGUUAUCAACAAAUCUUUCAAAAACUUCUGAAAAAAGAAAAUUAAUUUUACAAUUUUUAAAAAGAAUUGAAAAUCAAUAUCAAAUUGAUAAACCAUUACCAACUUCAAAAAUUAAUUUAACAAUUACAACAACAACAACUUCACCCCAAAAAACUUUACCACAACAACAAAAACAACAACAACAACAACCUUCAAAAAUACCAGAAUUCGAUUGGUUCGAUUAUCAAAUUAGAUUUUUAAAUUCAUUUGAAGAAAGAUCAAAAGUUUAUGAUUUAGAGAAUAAACAUAUAUCAAACAGUAUUUCUAAAAUGUCAGUUUUAAUGGCCUAUGUAAAUAUGGUAGUUGUAAUUUGUCCACAUUUUAUUAUUGAUUUAAAAGAGAGUAAUAAAAUUAAUAAUAUUAAUAAUAAUAAUAAUAAUAAUAUAAAUAAUAAUAUAAAUAGUAAUAAUACAAUAAAAACUAUAACAAAUAAUAAUAAUAAUAAUAAUAAUAAUAAUAAUAAUAAUAAUAAUAAUAAUAAUAAUAACAAUCAAAAGAAUUUAAAUAAUAAUAAUAAUAUUAUUAGUAAUAAUAGUAUUGGAUCAAAAUUUAUAGAUUUAUUUUUAAAAGAUUUAGAAUAUAAGAAUGUAAAAGAUUUAAAUCAAUUGAUUUAUUCAUUUGAUAAAGUAUUUCCAAAUUAUAAUUAUUGGUUUUCAAAGAUUUUCAUUCACAUAUUAAAAUCAUUUGAUCAACAAAUGAAUCAAAGGAAAAAGAAAUCUUUUAAAAAUUUAUCAAUUCAUUUAUUAAAAUUUGAAAAGUUAAAAUCUUUUAUAUUGAAUGAUUUAUUUGGUUUUUAUUUUAGUGGUAAUGGUAGUGCUUGUAUUCAUACACAAUUGGUUUUAAUUAAAUUUACAAAAUAUUUAUUUAAAAAUAAUAUAAAAUAUCAAGAAAUUGAUUUACAUAAUAUAAUUCAACAUAAUUUUAUUUUAAUUUUUAAAUCAAUUUUUAUUGGUAAUAAUAAUAAUAAUAAUAAUAAUAAUAAUAAUAAUAAUAAUAAUAAUAAUAAUAAUAAUAAUAAUAAUAAUAAUAAUAGUUUUAUAAAUUUCAACCAAAAGUCAAUAUCAAGUAAAAUUGAAAUUUUUAAAUUAUUUAAUUCUUUCCUUUAUUGUUAUUCUUCAAGAUUGGAUUUAUUAUCAUUAACAAAUGAAAAUGAAAAUAGUAAUAAUAAUAAUAGUGAUGAAAAUCAAAAUGAUAAUAUAAAUUUAAUUAUAAUGAAAUUAAUCAAACAUUUCAUUAAAAUUAUAAUUCAAAUAAUUUAUAAUGAUCCAAUAAAUCAAGUACAACAAAAUUUAAAGGAAUCUCAUAAUACAAGUAUAAGAAAUAGUUUAAUUAAAUUAAAAACUUAUUUCUUUCAAAGAAAUACUAAUAAUAAUAAUAAUAAUAUCAUUGACUUUGAAAGAUAUCCAAAUGAACAAACAAUUAUAGAUAAUAGGGAUUCAAAAGAAUUAUUAGAGUCAAUAUUUAAAUUUUUAAUAACUCUUUAUGAUUUUGGUAAUUUUGGAAGACAAUUAUUUUUUAAAACCUCUCAAAAAAUCUCAAAAUACCUAAUUUCAACACAAGCUAAAAAUAUUCUUACAAAAAGAUAUUUUAUAUUAAUUGGUCAAAUGCAUUUUACCCAAAAUAUAAUACCAAUCAAUUUUAUAAAUAAUAAUAAUAAUAAUAAUAAUAAUAAUAAUAAUAAUAAUAAUAAUAAUAAUAAUAAUAAUAGUAAUAACCAAAAUAAUAACCAAAAUAAUGGUAUCAUUCCCAAAGAAAAAAUUGAAAUGAUGUAUUUUAGAAGAGAGAGACUAUUAAAUAAAUUUUUGAAAAAAUAA